AUGAAUUCGGCCAUGUGCAAGCUUCUUGUCCAAAAUGUGAACAGCAUUGACUUGAAGCCAGUGCUGCACGAAAUUGGCCUGCACAGGGUAUGCAUUGUCGCCAAAGCUAUGUUGGACAACCAGGUCUUCGAGUCCUCCAUCCAUGCCGCAAUGUACAUCCCUGAUCUUUUCGAAAUUACACGAGCUCAGUGUCAAAAGGAAGGACUGUCUGCUGCUACAAUGACUCGAACCGACGCCCAGGCCAUGCUGGAUAUUGCAGAGCAUGAUCAGAAGGACUGUGAACUAUCAAUGCGAACCAUCGUUGUGGAAAAUGGAAGAGGUGUGAUAUGCGCGACUCAGUUCGACAAGACGAUUUCGUGA